GCCAUGGAGAAUACCACGAAGGUGAGCGCUUUCUUCCUGCUAGGACUCACCGCUGCCCCAGAACUGCAGGGCCCGCUCUUUGCCCUGUUCCUGAUGGUCUACCUCAUCACUCUAAUUGGGAACCUCGCGAUGAUCCUGGUGAUUCUGCUGGACCCUUGUCUGCACAUGCCCAUGUACUUUUUCCUCAGCAACCUAUCCCUGGUGGACUUAUGCUACUCCUCAACUGUCACCCCAAAGGUUUUGUCUGGUUUGCUUGCAGAUGACAAACUUAUCUCUUACAAUGCCUGUGCUGCACAGAUGUUCUUCUUCGUCUUCUCUGCCACGGCAGAGAAUUACCUCCUGGCCACCAUGGCCUAUGAUCGCUUCGUGGCUGUGUGUAAGCCCCUGCACUACCCUAUGAUCAUGACGAGGAAUGCGUGUAUUCACCUGGCCCUCGGCUCUUACAUCUCUAGUUUUCUGACUGCUGCUAUUGAUGUUGGAGACACCUUCUGCCUCCCUUUCUGUGUGAGCAAAGUGGUCCACCACUUCUUCUGCGAUAUUCCAGCUGUCAUGUCUCUCGCAUGUCCUGAUAAACACAUAAAUGAACUGAUUCUCAUUUUCAUCUCUAGCUUUCAUAUCAUUUUUGCAUUAGGUGUUAUUUUAAUAUCCUACCUACUUAUAUUUAUAACAAUUUUGAGUAUGCAUUCAGAGAAGGGAAUGAAGAAGACUUUGUCUACCUGUGCCUCCCACCUCACUGCAGUUUCCUUGUUUUAUGGCACUGCCACCAUCAUGUACCUGCAGCCCAGCUCCAGUCACUCCAUGGACAAGGACAAAAUCUUAUCUGUGUUCUACACCAUGGUCAUCCCCAUGCUGAACCCUAUGGUCUACAGCCUGAGGAACAAGGAGGUCAAGAGUGCAUUCAUGAGGGUUGUUGUGCACAAAAUUGCCUUUAGGGUUUUCAUUUUAACUUAG